CGCGUCUACUAUUUUGCUUCUUCCUCAAACUCAACAAUUCCCUUGAUUCCAUUCAAAGCUUAAAACUUCAUCCGCUGUCCUGGCCCGUGAAGAUGCCAAGGGCCGCCCUCUACGUCAUCCUUGCGAUAAGGUUCAGGGGUCCAGAAGCUUGGAAGACGUGCAGAAAGGAGUUAUCUUCCUUGGUGGGGGAUUUUCUUCUUUGAUGGAGGGGCUCGAUUUCGGCUUAUCUGUACAAAUUUGAAUUGAUUCCUUUAUCUCUCGUUUUCCUGUUUACAUCUUCGUUUCUCGACGUUCUCUUCUCCUUCGUAGACAGACUUUUGAUAAACAGGAGUUCAGCGACUUUCGUUGAUACAAUAGACAAGAUGGCAGAAUCGGAGCAGAAACCUACGCCGGAGAACAUGACAAUGAUGCAAGCCUUUGAAUGGUAUGUCCCAGACGAUCACAAACAUUGGACUCGUCUGCACGACAAUGUCCCACAGCUCAAGGCUAUUGGUAUCGACAAUAUGUGGAUCCCACCCGGAUGCAAAGCUUCGUCUCCUUCAGGAAACGGCUAUGAUAUUUACGAUCUCUACGACUUGGGCGAAUUCGACCAAAAGGGAAGCAAGGGUACAAAAUGGGGAACCAGAGAAGAACUGGUCACAUUGGUGAAGAAGGCUAAUGAAGUUGGUGUUGGUAUUUACUGGGAUGCUGUCCUCAACCACAAGGCAGCAGCAGAUCACAAAGAAAAGUGCGAAGCUCAAGAAGUCGACCCCGACAACCGCAACAAGACGACUUCCGACCCCUACGAAAUCGAUGCUUGGCUCGGAUUCGAUUUCCCCGGACGAGGAGAGAAAUACUCGGAGCAGAAGUACCAUUGGUACCAUUUCACCGGUACCGACUACAAUGCGGAAAACAACAAGUCUGCUAUCUACAAGAUCCUGGGCGACAAGACAAAAGGCUGGGCUAAGGCUGGAGAUGUCGAUGGCGAGAAGGGUAAUUACGAUUACUUGAUGUUCGCAGAUUUGGAUUACGAGCACCCAGAAGUCAAGGCAGAUGUCAUUGCGUGGGGCAAAUGGUUGAGCAAGGAGGUCACUUUGAAGGGUAUCCGAUUUGAUGCUAUUAAGCACUUCAGUGAGGACUUCUUGAGGGAGUUCAUUACUACUAUGGAUGAGGAAUAUGGUGCCGGAUGGUUCUUCGUUGGCGAGUUUUGGAAGGAUAGCUUAGAUGAUAUGUCUCGGUACUUGGAACGAAUGGGCAAGAAGUUCAGUCUUUUUGAUGCACCGUUGGUCUACAACUUCAGUCAGAUGAGUAAGACUGAGGGAGCAGACUUGCGAAAGGUUUUCGACGAUAGUCUGGUCCAGAUCGAGCCUGUCAACGCUGUGACUCUGGUCAUGAACCACGACACCCAACCCUACCAAGCCCUUGAAGCUCCCAUCGAACCAUUCUUCAAACCUCUCGCGUAUGCCCUCAUCCUUCUCAGAAACCAAGGCUAUCCAUGUGUCUUCUACGGCGAUCUCUACGGCAUCAAAGGCGAACACCCCUUCCCACCAGCCUGCGGCGGCGCUCUCCCAGCCCUUACCCUAGCCCGCAAGCUCUACGCAUACGGCGAGCAAGACGACUACUUUGACUUCGCAACUUGCAUCGGCUGGGUGCGAAAAGGUACCUGGGACCGUAGAUUCGGUUGUGCUGUAGUCCUGAGCAAUGCUGGGCCCGGCGAGAAGAGGAUGCAUGUUGGGGAGAUGCAUGCGGGAGAGAAAUGGACGGACGUUCUUGGGUGGGAACAGGGAGAGGUUGAGAUUGGGGAGGAUGGAUUUGGGGCGUUCACUUGUCCUGGUGUUAGUUUGAGCGUUUGGGUCAAUAAGGAUGCGGAGGGUAGAGAUCAGUUUGGGAAAUUUGACUCGGAUAUUUACAAGAGCUGAGAUUUCUCGGAUGAGGAUGGAGAGAUAUCUCGGGAAUACCAUGGAAGGAUAGAAUUUUGUCAGACCAGCGAGAAUACCUAAAGUAUACGAAAACCAGGAAGCAAUAUAGAGAAUACCAACGAUCAACAAAACCCCCACCACCAAACAAUCAG